CCAUCAUCAAUGCCAUCUAUGUAUGCUUCAACCACACCCACUACACUCAAGAAACCUCACCACACCACUGUCAUCUCCACUGUUCACCUCAAAAUGUGGCCUCUGCUUCUCCUCCUCUUCCAAGCCACCGCCUCCGCCGCCGUGACUGUCGGCGGCGGGGGCUUCGGAGUGGGAAUCGGCGGCGGCGGGGGCGUCUGGAUUGGCAGUGGCGGCGGCGGUGGCGGAGGUUCUGGUGGCUCUGACCCAAACCUCCAAAAGGCCUACACAGCUCUGCAAGCUUGGAAAUCAGCAAUUUCAAGUGACCCAUUGGGGAUCUUGAAGUCAUGGGUUGGCCCAAAUGUGUGCAGCUACAAUGGAGUCUUCUGCUCCUCAUCAGAAGAAGGCGAUUCUUUCUCUCAGUCUAAUGGGGUUGUGGUUGUUGCAGGUAUAGAUCUUAACCAUGGUAAUCUUCAAGGAACCCUAGUAAAGGAGCUGUCUUUAUUGACAGAUCUUUCUCUCCUUCAUCUCAACACCAACAGAUUCUCAGGACAAAUCCCAGAUUCAUUUUCAGACCUGAAAUCACUCACAGAGCUUGACCUGAGCAACAACCAGUUCUCAGGCCCAUUCCCAUCUUCCAUCCUCCUUGUCCCCAAUCUCAUCUACUUGGACCUCAGAUUCAAUGCCUUCUCAGGACCCAUCCCAGAGGAGCUCUUCACCAAGAAUCUUGAUGCCAUUUUCCUCAACAACAACCGGUUUACCGGGGAACUGCCCCAGAAUCUUGGGAAUUCCCCUUCAUCAGUCAUAAACCUUGCCAACAAUGGGUUCUCUGGUGAGAUCCCCUUCAGUCUGGGGUAUGCAGGCUCAAGGAUCAAAGAAAUCUUGUUCUUGAACAACCAGCUGACCGGGUGCAUCCCAGAGGGGGUCGGGCUGUGGACCGAUUUGCAGGUCCUCGACGUGAGCUACAACUCCCUGGGGGGCAGGCUGCCCGAAUCGAUGUCGUGCCUGACCGAGAUCGAAGUGCUCAACUUGGGGCACAACAGGCUGAUGGGCGAGCUCGACGAGCUCGUCUGCUCCCUGAGGAGCCUUGUGAACUUGACACUGGCCAGCAAUUUCUUCUCUGGGUUGAGCCAAGAAUGCAAUCAGUUGCCUUUGCGCAAUGUUGGGUUCGAUUUCUCAUUCAAUUGUAUUCCAGGGAGGCAAAUGCAGAGGCCCCAACCGGAUUGCUCAGGGAUUCGCGGAGGUAGUUUGAGCUGUCUUAGAUUCCCUUCAGUGGUGAAACCCAUUGUUUGUGGGGCACUGCUUGGUGGUCAGGCCACCCUCUCCAGCCCUCCUCCUCCUCCCAGUUGAGUGAAAUUCUACUGUAAGACUGACUGUGUCUUCAAGAAAGAAAGAAUUGAGAUUCUUGGACCUCAGAAUUGUGCUGCUACAAAUGUUCUUUUUUGUUGUUGUAAAGCAUAUCGAUUCAGAUGAGUUGUAUUAAGGAUUAUGGCUAAUACUGUUAAUACAACUCGUCUGAAUUGAUUACGAGGUUGAUAUCAACUAGCAGAUCUCCGGCCUCAAUUUCAACCCAUUUGAAAGCCUCAUUAUUAUUGUAAGCUUGCGUAGCGGUCAUGGCGUCUUGGCCUAUUUCUUGAAGAUGAAAAUGCAUAUAAACGUAAAAGCCAUUUUGGUGUUUUGUGUUACAAUCUGUGUUGCCCAUGUUGGUGGCGUUCAAUUAAACUUGUUGUAGGCUA